AAAGUCCAGAAGCGAGUUCCUUGUGGCGGAAGAAACAGCAGCAUCUGUAGCUGCAAAAAAGGCAGCGCGUCCAACUCAGGGGAGCCACCGGUCCCUGCAUGAGCAAGGAAGGGGAGGUCGCCCUUCCCCUCCGAACUAAGGACCCCCUUUAAAAAAAAAGAGGGUUGGGGGUGGGUGGAGAAAGGCGAGGCGCGCGAGGGCUCAUCCUGGGCAGGCGACCCGAGCCGAGCCAGCCCGGCCGUCCGGCGAUCAUGCGGGGGGCGCUUCGGUUCCCAACGUGCCGCUUCUCCGCUCUCCCCUCCCCUCUUUUCUCCUCAAGGCACCCGCCGCGCUCGGAGACUUAAUGGGCUUCAGCCGUCCUCCGCCAGCGACCAGGGCACUCCGGCGAAGAAGAGCGGCGCGAGGGCGCGAGGAGGAGCGGAGAGGCGAGGACGCGCCGCCGGCGGCGCAGCUGCGGAACUGAAGAGCCCCUCUCGGAGGGAAGCGAGCGGGCCGGCGGGAUCGAGGGCGAAGGAUGCGCCCGCAAGGCAGCUUUCUGAGGGAUCAGGGCGAAAGCAUGCACUAGAACGUGAUGAAGCUGGACUUGAGAGCCCUCUCCAGACUCAGAGCAGCGGCCGCAGCAGCGAGGAGCCGGCGGGGAUUCCCUUGUCUCUGGACCAUUUUCUAUCUUACCUGUUUCCUAGGAUUCACACAGGGAAGUCCUGAAGAUGUGGACGUUCUUCAGAGACUCGGCAUGGGACCAAGGCUGCCGGGCUCUUCAUCACGCUCUGUUCCUCAGGGAAUUAUUCCCUUCAAGUCAGGGGUCAUCCUCACCCAGCGAGUGCGCAUUGAAGUGCCCGUCAGCACAGUUAUUCCUGCUGCCUUUGGCACAGACCUGGCUUUCGUACUGAGUUUGUGCUCCCAUCGAGUCAACAGUGCUUUUUUGUUCACUGUCAAGGGCAAGAAGAAAAAACUGCAACUGGGGGUGCAGUUCAUCCCUGGGAAGGUUAUAGUUUAUGUUGGCCACAAGCACUCUGUCUAUUUUGAUUAUAAUAUCCAUGAUGGACGAUGGCACCAUUUGGCCAUCAACCUCCAAGGCCAGGCGGUCACCCUAUUUACAUCUUGUGGGAAGCAAAGUAUGUAUGCGGAUUUGCAUCACAAAAAAGUUGAGGCAUUGGAUCCGGAAGGGUCCUUCCUCUUAGGGAAGCUCAAUCAGCGCUCAGUACAGUUUGAAGGUGCCCUUUGCCAAUUCGAUAUUUAUCCUUCCGCCAAGGCAGCUCAUAAUUACUGUAAGUACCUGAAAAAACAAUGCAGGCAAGCGGAUACUUACCGGCCGAAUCUUCCACCUCUGGUCCCACUACUGCCCAAAGACCCAAGAGCUUCUGAAAUGACACCAUCACAGCUGGACCUUUUGCUCGUGGGUUUGAAGAACAUGACCACUGUGCUUCCUCCAUCAUCACUCUUGAAGGCCACCACACCUCAGAGGAACAGGAGACUAGUGGCAGCAUCCACCACCAUUGUGCCAUCAAAGCCACCAGCUCUGUCGCUGACCACCAAAGCUGCCAUGACCAUUGUGGCAUCGUCUCCCACUCUGCCCAACACUGAAGCACAGCUGCCAGCCCACACACUCCAUCAGGCUACCACAGAAGGCCGUCUGCUCUCCAGAGUAGCUCAUCGGACUACUACCUUAGCCCUUGGGGUGUCUCGCUCUGCUUCCAGUUUGGGUUUGGAGAAAUCUCAUUCGCUUACCAGGAAGAAUGUUCUUCCCACCUUUCCAAACCAAACCACGAGCUCCACUGUAGUGGUGAAUAAGAAGGAGGUGAGGAAAGAGACCAAAAAGGUGACCAGCCAAACCCAAACCAUCAAGUCCUCUCCAGCAGUGAGCACCACAAAGCCAACGAUGAACAAGGCAAAGAGUUCACCGAAUAGACUCCAUCCUGUUACCCUAAAGCGCAAGAUGGAAAGUGUCACCAAGAGCCCUGCACCAAAGAAGUUAACAACUCUGCCUGCACUGAAGAAACUGGAUUUGACCACUGCUACUGUCCCAUACACCAAGCCAACUCUUGGAGUUCUUUAUCCUGUUCUCAGAGCAAAUGUGCAGCAUGUUAAUUUAACAAUGCUGGCUGUCACAGACGGGUAUCAGUUGUUUGACUCAGUUGGGCCCACUCUCUUUCCAUUUGUUAUGGGGCUUCCUGGAUUGAAAGGAGACCAAGGUCUUCCGGGCCCUCCCGGUCUACCCGGUUUACUAGGACCACCUGGCAAGCGAGGCCCACGGGGUCCUCCUGGCCCCCAUGGGAAUCCUGGUCAGCCUGGUCCACCUGGCCCUAAGGGCCGAAAAGGUGAUCCUGGAUUGUCUCCUGGAAAAGCAUGGAACGGUCAGAAGGGUGAUGGGGGUUUGCCUGGAUUGACGGGGCUUCCUGGACCACGUGGUAGGAAGGGACAGAAAGGAUACCCAGGCCCAGCAGGUCAUCCCGGAGACCAGGGUGGACGAGGCUCCGACGGGAACCCAGGUGCCAAAGGUUAUCCUGGCAGGCAGGGUUUACCUGGACCUAUAGGGGAGCCUGGUCCAAAAGGCAGCCGGGGGUACAUUGGCUCUCCAGGAUUAUUUGGGCUGCCUGGUGCCGAUGGAGAACGAGGAAUCCCCGGAGUUCCUGGGAAGAAGGGCAAGAUGGGUAGGCCGGGCUUUCCUGGUGAUUUUGGAGAACGAGGACCUCCGGGCAUUGAUGGCAACCCAGGAGACGUGGGAGCCCUGGGCCCUCCUGGAGUCGACGGGCUGAUCGGUGAUAUGGGUGCUGUUGGACCAAUAGGUUUUCCAGGACCAAAUGGAUUAAAGGGGCUGAUGGGAAAUCCUGGAGAGCGUGGACUGAAAGGUGAUAAGGGUGAUCAGGGAGUGUCAGGUGUACCAGGAGAUGUUGGAUUCCAAGGAGACAAGGGUAGCCAAGGUUUGCCUGGGAUGCCAGGUGCCCGAGGAAAGCCAGGAUCUGCUGGGAAGGUCGGAGAGAAAGGUCCAGUUGGUAUUCCAGGACCUCCUGGCCCCGAGGGCUUUCCAGGUGACAUUGGCCCACCAGGACAGAAUGGCCCUGAAGGCAUGAAGGGAAAACCGGGAGCGCGGGGAUUGCCUGGUCCCAGGGGACUACCUGGCCAAGAGGGUGAUGAAGGGCCAGUGGGACCACCUGGCAUCCCAGGGGCAGAGGGUCCACUUGGCAGGAAAGGAUUUCCUGGUAAACCAGGCCCUGAUGGCUUAAAGGGUGAACCAGGGAAUCUAGGUCGCCCAGGAAAAGUUGGUGAUCAGGGUCUGAUGGGGUUCAUUGGUCCAGUAGGGGAGCCUGGAAUAGUCGGGGAGAAGGGGGAUCGGGGUACAGUCGGACCUCCAGGACCACCAGGCAUCAAGGGGUCGAUGGGGCAUCCUGGAAUACCAGGAGGAAUGGGUGAGCUGGGACCCUCUGGACAGUCAGGUCCUGCUGGAGUUCGUGGACCCCCAGGAACGAGAGGGUCAAAAGGUCGUCGGGGUGCUCGAGGUUCUGAUGGACCAGUGGGUGAACCAGGAUCACGAGGUGCCAAGGGCCUUCCAGGGCAUCCAGGGAAACAGGGACCAGAUGGGCAGCAGGGAAAGAUUGGAGAGAUGGGAGAGGCAGGAUCUCGUGGCUUUCCUGGUAUCCAAGGACCUUCCGGACCUCAAGGAGCAAAAGGGCCUCCCGGAGACCCGGGACCUCAGGGAGUGCAAGGCCUACCUGGACCUUUGGGAGAAAUUGGACAUAAGGGACCUCCUGGCUCAGUGGGACAGCAUGGACUUCUGGGUGAACCAGGCAUGAAGGGUGAUAUUGGGCCACUUGGAAUUCCAGGAGAGCAAGGCCUCAUUGGUCAACGGGGUGAUCCGGGCCUUGAAGGAGAGAGUGGCCCCCUAGGGCCAGAUGGGCUGAAGGGAGACAAAGGAGAACCAGGUCCAGAAGGAGGAAAAGGAGACAAGGGGCAGGAAGGCAUAAAAGGAAAAGAAGGACCAUCUGGAUAUCCUGGGCCCACAGGCAUCCGAGGACCAGAAGGAAAACCAGGCCGGCAAGGGGAAAAGGGGAAAACUGGGCUAAAGGGCAGCAAAGGUCAUCAAGGGCAACUUGGAGAGACCGGCCCGCCAGGGAAGAUGGGUUCCAAGGGGACUCAAGGCCCAAAAGGAUCCAGAGGUACCCUGGGAUCUAUGGGUGCUCCAGGCCGGAUGGGGGCACAAGGGGAGCCUGGCUUAAAGGGCUAUCAGGGACACACAGGAGUGCCAGGCCCAACUGGACCACCUGGGCCCAAAGGUGAAAAGGGAGAACAAGGCGAUGAUGGCAAGAUGGAGGGGCCUCCUGGACCACCUGGAGACAGAGGUCCAGUUGGUGACAGAGGAGAUCGUGGGGAGGCUGGAGAUCCUGGUUAUCCUGGCCCAGAAGGCCUCAAUGGAGAGAGAGGAAAACCUGGACAGCAAGGCUUACCAGGACACCCAGGACCACCAGGCCAACCGGGGCUGAAAGGUUCCAAGGGCAAUCUGGGCCAGAAAGGAAAGAAAGGCCUCCAAGGUGUCCCGGGCAGCAGAGGCUCACCGGGUCUUGUAGGGUUACCCGGUCCUAGAGGAGUGGUUGGAAGGCAAGGUCAAGAGGGCACACCUGGAAUCGAUGGGAUUCCUGGCAAAGAUGGUGGUACUGGGCAAAAGGGAGAACAAGGUGAAGAUGGAGAGGAAGGAACACGAGGAAUGCUGGGAAAAAGAGGGAACACUGGUGUCCUUGGUCUUCCAGGAGCUCAGGGCCCCCCAGGAUUUAAGGGAGAAAGGGGAUUGCCUGGGCAGGCUGGUCCAUUGGGGAAACGAGGGCCCCAAGGUGGGAUGGGGCUCCCUGGAACAUCUGGUGAGCCAGGUCCAAAGGGGCAGCCGGGAGACUUUGGUGAAUCAGGAUUUCCAGGGAUUGCUGGGCUGUUUGGGCCAAAGGGACCCCCUGGAGAUCUCGGGUUCAAAGGAAUCCAGGGCCCAAAAGGUCCACAGGGCCUCAUGGGGAAAGAAGGAGUUAUUGGCCCGCUUGGGAUUCAGGGUCCAACAGGAAGCCUCGGCCCCAAAGGAGACAAAGGCAGUCAUGGUGAAAUGGGAUUGCAAGGUCCUAAGGGUACCCCAGGGCCUCGAGGAGCCCCUGGACCUCCGGGUCCACCAGGAAUCCCAGCUACAUUUCAGCAAGAUGGGUUCAGUGCAGCCUCACAAACAGCGAUGAGCUCCAACACUAUGUUCAAGUCUGAGAGCUAUCAACAUUCAGACCUUCUAGUGUUGGAUCAGGGAGGGGAGAUAUUUAAGACUCUGCACUACCUCAGCACUCUCAUCCAGAGCAUCAAGAGACCCCUUGGGACCAAAGAGAACCCUGCCCGCAUCUGUAGAGACCUCAUGAACUGUGAACAGAAAAUGCAGGAUGGCACAUAUUGGAUUGACCCGAAUCUUGGCUGUUCUUCAGAUAGCAUUCAGGUCACCUGUAACUUCACCCAAGGGGGACAGACUUGCCUCAGUCCCAUCACUGCCUCAAAGCUGGACUUCAACAUUGGAAGAGUGCAACUGAAUUUCCUCCAUCUCCUGAGCUCCGAGGUCAUUCAGAACAUCACCAUCCACUGCAUGAACACCUCCGUAUGGGAGGAAGGACUGCCGGAGGCAGAUGCACAUUUCAAGGCCUGGAACGGACAGAUCUUUCAAGCGGGCGGACAGCUAAAACCUGAAGUGGUGGUGAAUGAUUGCAAGAUUCAAGAUGGACAGUGGCACCGGACGCUCUUCACAUUCCGGACGCAGGACCUGCACCAGCUGCCGAUUGCCAACAUCUACAACCUUCCACCCUCUGAACCAGGGAAGCAGUAUCUCCUUGAGGUUGGGCCCGUGUGUUUCCUCUAAAAGGUGGCCUCUGUAGUGCUUCAAGGUUUUUUGGCUUCUUUUAUUUUGAAGAUGCUGCCUCUUUGAGCAGGGCCCAUUUGCCGCCCCCCUCCACGAGCCUCGAGAGCUGGGCCUUUUGCAUUUGGACCGUGUCAGAUCAUAAGAAACCUGUGGCCCAUCAGACUCUUGUUCUCUGGCAUGGGGAGAGGAGAAGGCUUCAGUAAAGACACAACUCAGUCAGUGGAGCUUUGGAUGCUGAAGUGAAGGCCAGUUGACCCAAACCACAAAAGAUUCUUCUCCCCACUUCAGCCACAGAAACCUUAUGCAAUAUCUCGCAGAGAAACCCAGAUCAUCCCGCCCAGCCGCCAUUUGGAUGUGGCGUUCCAGGAAUGUGAUGAUAACAGGCAGGGCUUUUUGGAAUGAGACAGGAAAGGAGUCUUGGAAAGACAGCUUUGCAAAUUUGUCUUCCUCUGCUUGUUGUUCUGAAACAGGAAGCAUUUUGAAGUGCAAUAUCAGAGAGAGAGAGAGAGAAAUCUAUCUAAAUAUAUAUUUUAUUUAAGGCAAAAAAAAAUUAAAAAUAAAACCGAGUAAGAUCCUUCUUCCCUUUGGGAGAGAAAACAUCCCUUUUUAGGUGUAUGAGAAGGGAAGAUUCAGUGCAAGAAUGAGAUGAGAAGAGAUUGGUGCUAAACAGAAAAAAAAAUUAAAAAGAGAGGAGGGAUGGGUUUGUUUAAUUUGAUUCUACCUCUCACUGUGAAAUACCUGGUGCUCUUUUAUUUUUAAAGAAGAAGUGUGUUGUUUUAUAUAUGUGACUAAAACUAUUUAAGGUUCUAAGAGGUGCUAGUGUCUCAUCACAGACCCCGCCAAACCCUUAACAUUGGUGUGUUCCCUUUAGAACGAGAAGCAGGAAAGAGAGGGGCUUGUGAUCGUCAGCACAACAACUACAAGUCGACUUUGUAAUUUAAAGGUGCAUUAAAUAUUCUACAGGGGUUUUGUAUGUUCUUUGGAAUCCAGGUUUUGUUGACCAGUCAUUCGUCUUAGGUGUGUUUCAAAUAAAAGUGUACCUUUAGGAAAUGGUUUUUAGAGCAUAACCUAAGCUUUAUGAGAAACUCGUUUGUCUGCUUUUAGAUGCGUGCGUCUGUCCGUGUGCAUGUAUGUUUCUCUCUGUGUGUUUGUUCCUGUACAACUGUUACUCACCAAAACAUUAGGCUGCAAGAUAACAUGUCAAGAGGGAGAGAGGAAUGAGAAAGAAUGCUAAUUUGUAUUAGCUUUCAUUCCAUAAAUAGUUUUACUAUAUUUCUGUGUUAACUCUGGGUCUAUUGUCCACGCCAGUCCUUCUGUCUAUGGUGACUCCUGGUUUUGAACACCCAGCGGGAGUAAAUGGGGUCCAUCCGUCAAGGCAGACGUCAGAGGCAGUUUGUCGCUUUGUCACCCGCUCAGCCUUGGAUGGAUUUUGUUUUUUCGAGAUUUAUUUUUUACUCUUUGUAGAAACCUAGACUCUAUAUGUAAAUUUGGAGUUUAAAAAAAGAAAGAAAGAGGAGGAUUAAUAUUAUGGUAAUCAUUUUAUUCUAUAUAAGGAAUGUAAUGUUAAUGUAGUCAGGGCUGUAGUGUAAUGAAUGCUUUGGUGCCUGUUUUUUUUAAUUUGCCAUGUUUCGUAAAAUAUAUGUAUGUCUUCAUCUGUGUGUAUUCUUUUGUGUGUGUGUGUGUGUGUGUGUGUGUGUGUGUGUGUGUGUGGUGGGGGGACUGUCUUCAGUUUUGCUUUUCCCUGAGCUAAAACAUAAGAUUCCAGUCCCCCACGUAUCUCCAUCCUUUCCUUCUGAUCUUGAUGCGUGUCUCAGGACAGCUCAGCCUAACAGAGUAGGGCAGGUGGGGAACUGAGGGCAGCACUCCCUUCUGGGCAACCAAUGUUAAUUUUACCUAGGUACCAUAGGCUAGUUUUUACACACCCUUCUCUGUAUUCUCCAUCGAGGCAGGUUCAGAGUUCAAGGACACAUUCCAGCCAGACAAAAACACUGUGGUGAGGGGGCGGGGGAGAGCAAGACCAGUGAGGGGAUGUGGCCUGGAAAGAGUGCCAAGGGGCAGAAGGCCACCGCCGGAGUAGGUUUUUUCACUCAGACCAUCCCUCAGCUCCAAAUGGGUCUUAAUUGGUAAAUGAUCAUAGUCCCUUCUCCAGCUUAGUUUCUCCUUGUUACUGGCACGUCCAUGGUCCCCUUUCCCAGCUCUCUCAUUUCCU